AUGGCGUGGAAACCUGCCGCCAGAAAAGGGAAGUGUUAUUGCUUCUACUGCAGAAUUGCUUUGUUCUUUCACUCGUUACCUGCAACUUUUCUCCUGUUAGUCACCAUUGCUGCUGGAAAAUGUAAAGCUCCCUCUGACUGGGACUCCAGACUGCGGUUUUAUCCGAAGAGGAUCAGCUAUGACUUGAACGAAGUGGUGCAGCUCAACUGUGCUGGGGAGUUUGUGCCAUCUGUACCACAGAUUCAGUGCAUUUCCAGAGGGGCACAGGCCAUGUGGAAUGGGACUGCCACCUGCAAAGCUCUGACAGAAACAUGCCAAAAGCCUGCUUGGUGGGACCCCAGACUCCAGCUGGCACCGGCCCGUGACAGUUACACAGAGAAUGAAGAAGUGACUCUGAGCUGCAACAAAGGUUUCCAGCCAUCCUUCACCCAUGUCAAAUGUGCAAACACGGUUCAGCCGUUGGAUCAUUCUGGAUCUCUAAAGGAAGAUGUGUGGCUGGGGAGAAAGAGCAGUGGUGUGUGGAUUCACGUUCAGGGGAACAUAGUGUGCAUUGAAACAUGCCAAAAACCCCACUGGGACUCCAGACUCCAGCUGGCACCAAACCAGGAGAGUUACAAGAAGAAUGAAGAAGUGAUGCUGAGCUGUCCCAAGGAUUUCCAGCCACUCUUCACCCAUGUCAAA